CUGGCUGAGGAAUCCCAGGCAGCAUUUAAUUGCAGAGUGCAAAAAGCUUUAGUUGGGCUCAUAAGCUCAGCGCCAGAGCCGAGGCUCCUUUACGCACACUCUGAGAAAAACAGAACACCACAUGGAGUCCUUCACCCGAGGAGCCUCGCACAGCGGCUGGAUUUCAGGGGGUAGGGAAGGCAGGGAUUCUCAAAUCCAGGUACAGUCGACUAUGUGAGAGAAUCUACCAGAGGCAGGAGACGUAAGAGGUGGAGAAAGACAGGAGAGCAGGAGAGGAGAGGGGAGGGGAGGAGACGGGAAAUACACUGCCAGAGAGACAGAGCAAGGCAGAGACUGGACGCCUGCAGCAGCAAAUGAGACAGAACAACGAGGCGGGAGAGGUAGAAAGAGAGACAGAGAGGGAGGGAGGCGAAGAGGGGCCCCGUGCUGGAGAGAGGGCUACAGGGUGAGGUGGAAGAAGAAGGAGCGAGGAAAAAGUUGGGGGGGAAAGUAAGUGGAAGAAGGACUCGGGAAAAUACGCACGUAAGAUUAACGGCUACAGCGAAGACGAAAAGGGGGAACAACAGACAGGAAGGAAGAGGAGGGUGAAGUCUCGAGUAGAAAGUACCAAAGAGGCCAGAGAAAAGUUUUCUUCUGGGAAGACGCAGAUGAGGAAAACAGCGAGUGAAUGACCGGGCUGAAGAGGGCUUGGAGAGGAGGAAACCACUUGUUUUCAAAGGCGUUUUCAACACAAAUCUCCAGGCGUGAGUGGAUAUGUACACAGAAGGCUCCCAAACAACGGGACACCACCGAUUUCUUCAGCACACCCACCCUCCCUGCCCCUGCCAGCACUGCAUCUACCAUGAGCAACCGUACGAGUAUCACCGAGGGUCCGGAUACCACCCAGCAUCAGCCAGACAGACGGACCACUCAUCGCCGGACUGCAGGAGAGACAUCCAGGCUCCUCGGGGUAAAGAUGUAGGAGGCAGAGCUUUCUUGGUGGACAGAGUGGCGAGAGGCGGUCAGCUCAGCCCACAGAGGAGGCCUGUGUGCGCUGGGCCAGGCCUUUACGGCCACUUGAAUGACUUCAACCAAGUGUGCCCCUGGGAACUGAACCCUGCCCAGUGGAGUGACCCAGAGGAGCCUGGGGUGAGACGCUAUUCAUCUGCGAGACAACAGUGUGGCUGUGUCGAAUACGGCGACAGAGCACACCCCUUUCACCCUGGGAUACCACACCCUCUCCCUCAUCUUCAGGUCAAAGGUCAAGGCUACAGACGGAGGAGGACUGUCAGGUAUAUCUCCGUGGAUGAAGAGGAAGGCUGCGAUUGCGCCUCUGACAACUAUCAUUUGGAACCAAACAGCAACCCGGGUCAUUUUCCCAUGACAAAUGGCCACUCGGGACCAAGGCGUGUGUUCUUUGAGGAAAAGGAGGAAAGAGAUAACUAUCAAGACCAGGGUUGGGCAAAGGGUGGAUCAGAGGACGGGUUUGAUCACUGCAGUGGGUCCAACAAAAGCUUCUUCUCCACUGAGGUCCCACUAAAACACUUGAGUCAAAGAAGACAGAAGGCAUCCUGCAUCGCACCUUCCAGCACCACCUGCUCGGAAACCUCCAAACCCAUAACCGACGACGACGAGCACCAGCACGAGGCGUCGGAGGAGACGACGCAGAAGACGAGGCGGGACUCGGUGAGGGAUCAGAUCCGGCAAGUCGUAACAGAUCUGGAGGAAGUGUUGGGGGGUUUGAAGCAAGUUCACGUGGAGAUGAAAGAGGUGGUUGAGCAGAUCGAUCGUCUCACGGCCAACAUCGACCUGAACGAGAAGGCGCCAUGCAUCACUCAGGGGUUAAGCAGUAAUGACCAGACUCACGCAGGAGACUUCAGGGUAGCCCCUCCUCUCAGUCACAAACCCGCUUCGGCUCAGGCUCCACGACAGGUCGGCGAGGACCGCCUCAUCCUCAGAACCAACUCAGUCUCCCCCAUCCACAUGGCUUCUGUUGUCAAAACCAGCCGCUUCACGCCGCCCAGUCUCCACAAAGAUGUCAGCCACAAAAAGCCAAUCGUGAACGGCCACCCGCCUCAAAUGCACCACGCAGGAGCGUCCAACCGCACGGACCAAACUCAUCCAGAGCACCACCCGCAAACUCUGGACCCUAAAGUCAUCAUCGGGAACAGCACUUCUAAUCCGAGAACUCAAAAGCCUCCACCGUACCCGCAAAACGGCCGGUGUGGGAAAGGCCAAAACCUGUCGUCCAAACCUGCGAGGACCCCUGCCUGCCCUGUGAGAGGACGCCACAGCACCAGCAUGGUGUGACGGAGGAGGGUGGGGUGGAGAGGUGGUGUUUUACCCAAUGAAACACAAGGCCCUGCUGCAGAGAGAGGAGCUCAGAGAGGGACCAGGCAGGGGAACAACUCAUAGAGCUGGCGAUGCCGCCGAGGCGAACUGUCAGCUGGUGGAAACAGAGCGCGGCCUGAAGGUGGGGAUGUUUCCAAAGGGGAAAACUCCACCAAGCGUUGACCCGCCACCGGUCCUCACAGGAGCACGGGAGGAGAAUCGAGCUGAGAAAUUAAAAGUGGAGAUGUCUGAAGGAAUGAACUGUAAAUUAUUACUCAACCAUCAACUUAAAGCUGUAUUUUCACAACAAAAUUUAUUUAUUUUGACUAUUUUCGCUCCCAGAUGUAUAUUUUCAGUCAGUUUAUAAUCUGAACAUUAACUUGUGUAUAUUGUAUAGUAUUUUUAAGAUGCCAUAUCAGCAUAUGUAAAGAUAUUUUCAUACAAGGUUGAUUUUAUUCCUGCGACAUGAUUGUUUGAAAAGUUAUUGUCAGCUGGGCAUUAACGGUAAUGCAAUACCAUAAAUAUAAAUUCUUUUGCACUUUCCCACACAGCUCAAUCUGAACUAUAGAGAUGCUUCAAUAGUUGUUGAAAACCUCACACUGAAAUAUAUAUUAAACAAACAACACCAGCAAUUUUUUUAAACAAAUGAGUGUGGAAAAUGAUUAAUAAGUGAUGUGAAGUGAGAGUGGUUGUUGAAGGCCUCCCCGUCAGCUGACCCGGAGGAGGCGGUGUGUGGUCUCCAAAUGUUGUUGUGUUCAAGGCCGGCCAGACCAGCGUCUGUCUCUGUGUUUGUUUAACUCUUGUCUGAGAAUUUUACCACUCUCUUCUUACCAUCUUCUGCUGCUAUCACUGUGAGAGAAAAAAAGAAAAAAAAAGAAUCCAUCUUUCUUGCAACGAAUCCAUCUUUUUCAGGAUUUCAUUGCGUCACAGGAACAGAUGGACGAUUACACCCACAGGCUGUUUCACUGUCUUGGCCAUUUUCCCAUUAACUGUCUGGGUAAUUGUGUGAAAGGCGAAGGUGAGUGAUAAUGUUUUUGCUCUUCUGUCUUUCUUUGACUCAUUCUGCAAACCGUCUGACCAGAUCAGGUAUAAAACAUGAUAGAAA